AUAUAUACACACCCCAUACACAGCUCACUAUCCAACCAAGGGAGGGUUUUCAGAAAGAGAGAGAGAGAAUAAUUAAAAAGGCCUUUGCCUUCAUCUUUGCUAUUGCAAGAGAGAAGGACCAGCUAUUCAAUUACCUUCAUCCAUCUUCUACUUCCUUCUUUCUCUCUUUCUUCUUCUUCUUUCACCCUCCUUCUUUCAAGAAACUCCAGAUCAGCUAUGACAACCUGCGGCAUCGAUGUUGCGCCCGAGCAACUCUGUUACAUCCCCUGCAACUUUUGCAAUAUUGUUCUUGCGUCAAAUAAAAGUCAUAUCUGGAGAGGACCUCAAGAAGGUCACACAUACACACAAAAACAAAACCAUACACACACGGUGUUUUCCCCUUCCCGUUCUGAGCAAGUGCGGGUGAGUGUUCCAUGCAGCAGCCUGUUUGACAUUGUGACCGUUCGAUGCGGGCACUGCACCAAUCUAUGGUCCGUGAACAUGGCCGCCGCGUUUCAGUCACUGUCAUGGCAAGAUGUUCAGGGACCCGGGCACUGCAACCCAGAGUACAGGAUUGACACUGGCUCCACCUCCAAAUGCAACAACAGGAUUGCAAUGCGUCCACCCCCCACUAAUGUAACUGAGGAAAGGGUUGUCAAUAGGCCUCCCGAGAAGAGGCAGCGCGUACCUUCUGCUUAUAAUCAGUUUAUAAAGGAAGAGAUUCAGAGGAUCAAAGCCAAUAAUCCUGAUAUCAGUCACAGAGAAGCUUUCAGUACAGCUGCCAAAAACUGGGCACAUUUUCCCCAUAUUCACUUCGGGCUGAUGCUGGACAGCAACAACCAAGCUAAGAUGGAAAAUGUUUCUGAGAAGCAUUUAAUGUCAAGGGCUGCGCUAAUGAAUAAAUGAAAGCUAUCUUCAUCAUGAUAUCAUACUAUGGGUCCUGAGUUUCGUUUGAGUCUGUCAAGAAAAAAAAGUCCAACCUAUAAUGAGUUUUAAGGACAAUCUGCACUUUUCUUUUGUUAAUGUACUUGUCACUACUUAAUUACUACUUGUUCAAUGGAUGCUUUAAUUUCAAGCAAGAAUGUUAGUUUCCCUUA